CAGUCACCGCUCUCUUUUUCAUUUACAGAGAUAGCCCUAACUUAGUCACUCUCUCUCACACACACUCCAGUUCAAAGUUCAAAAAAUGGCUCCUCCACAGAAGCUCUUUCUCGCCGCCAUUGUCGCUGCCGUCAUUGUAGCCGCCACCACCGGAUAUGCACCUAAUAGUGCUGCGGAAGAUAUUGUGCAUUCCUCAUGCGUGCACGCGAGCUAUCCAUCGCUAUGCGUCCGUACACUCUCUACCUACUCCGGUCCAACCAUCACAAACCGUCGCGAGCUAGCUCAAGCCGCCGUCAAGAUAAGCCUCUCCCACGCUCGAGCAGCUGCUAAGAAACUCGCGGCUGUGAGAGAAACCGUGGGGAAGAAACGGGUGAAAGCGGCGGUUGUGGACUGCGUGGAGAUGAUUGGAGACUCGGUGGACGAGCUGCGCCGCACGCUAGGCGUUUUAAAGCAUCUCCACGUUUCGGGCGUUUCGGCGAACGAGUUCAGGUGGCAGAUGAGCAACGCGCAGACGUGGGCUAGUGCGGCGUUGACGGAUGACGACACGUGUCUCGAUGGGUUUAAAGGGGUCGAGGGUAAGGUUAAAACGGAGGUGAAGCAGUGGAUGACGAAAGUGGCGAGGGUUACGAGCAACGCGCUUUACAUGAUCAACCAGCUAGAUGAAUCACGUGGCUAGCCCCACGUAGUACGUUCUUGAUGUUAUGAUGUGCUUGUCCUAGUGGACAGUUAUGAUUUGGUGUUAGUUUUUUUCGUGUUUGCUUAAUUGCGAGUUAUCUACUAUUUAAAGAUGAGAGGCAUUGUCCUUUUAAGUAGUUCUGAUAAUGAUAUACUAAAUAAAUGGUUUCUCUCUUUUUUCGGACGGUAUGUCAUUGUA